AAAAAUAUAAAGGUGACAUUUUCAAUGAGCAAUGCAUUUAAGUCAGCUGGAAAUACACUUGCAAAAUAAAAUGAUUUAGGAUAGACAGGUUAAAGUUUUGCAGGAUCUUAAAAUCCUGCAUCAUUAAAGGGUAAAUUAAUGAGUUUAGAGGUAAUGAAACUGAUAUAUUAUAUUCUUUUAGGAAACUAUUAAAGGCAUCUAAGAUGAGAUGAAUUUUCAUAAAAAAGAAGUUCAAAUAUUGAAAUCAGAGAAGGAUACUCUUGAAUCAGUUUUGAGCAUGAAAACUUAAGAUGUUAAAAAAACAUUAACGAAUGAACUUAUGAGAAUUGAAGAAGAAAUGAAAAGGUAAAAUAUAAUUAAAUAUAAAUAGACAUUUUGCUCAUUAGAAAGCUGAAAACUCUAGAUUAUAAUAGUAAAUUACUGCUCUGAAAGGAGAGAAAACAGCCUUACAAUAACAAUUACUUGGAUUGUAAAGAAGAAUUGCAGAACUUGAGCUCUAAGUUGGAUAGGAAUAGGCAUGAUUUAUCAUCAAUUAUAG